CUGUCUCUCCUUGUUCUCUCAAGUAAUUUAAUGCAAAACCAAAGUUGUUUUCGUACCAUUAACUAACUCAUUCAUCCAUGCAUGUUGUGGUAAGACUUUCUUUCUUAAUUUGUCUACAGCAGAUGCACAAACAUCAGUCAGAAUUGGCGUAAACUACGGUCGACUUGGAGACAAUCUGCCAUCAUCAUAUCAAUCUAUUGAACUCAUCCGUUCAAUGAAAGCAGGGCAGGUGAAGCUGUAUGAUGCCAAUCCAGAAAUCUUGAAACUCUUAUCAGGCACCGAUCUCCACGUCUCGAUUAUGGUCCCUAAUCAUGACAUAAUCAGCAUUGCUUCCAAUCAAAGCAUAGCCAAUGAAUGGAUUUACACCAAUCUCCUCCAAUACUAUCCUGAAACCAAGAUCAGAUUCAUUCUCGUAGGCAAUGAAGUCCUUAGUGGAGAUCCAGACAUUUGGCCUCAUUUAGUUCCUGCAAUGCAGAGAAUCAAAAACUCUCUGAAAAUCCUUCACAUCAGGAACAUAAAAAUUAGUACCCCUCUAGCCAUGGACAUACUUGAAACGACAUUCCCACCCUCAAAUGCUUCAUUCAGGUUCGAAAUCGAGUCGGUGAUAUUGCCAUUGCUGCAUUUCUUGAACGGGACUAGAUCGUACUUCAGCAUUGAUGUGUACCCUUAUUUUCCAUGGUCAGCAAACCCCACCAGCAUUGAUCUUGACUUUGCACUAAUGAGAGGAAACCAGAGCCGGACCGAUCUCAACGGCGGAUUAGUCUACACUAACCUGCUCGACCAAAUGCUCGACUCACUGCAUUUCGCCAUGGCCAAACUUGUUGGUCACCAAACCAUUCGCCUAAUGCUAACCGAAACUGGCUGGCUUCACGCAGGCGAUUUCGAUCAACCUGGUGCGAACAUUUACAAUGCGGCUACCUACAACCGCAAUUUAAUCCAGAAAUUCACUGCUGACCCACCAGUUGGCACUCCUGCUCGGCCAAAUGCAGUGAUACCUAUUUUCAUCUUCUCACUGUUCGACGAAAAUCAAAAGAGUGGUCCAGGAACAGAGAGGAACUGGGGCUUGGUGAGCUCCGAUGGAAGGCCUACAUAUGAAAUUGAUUUGAGUGGGAAGACAGGAGUGACAGAGUACGGUCCUUUACCGGCGGCACGUAAUAAUAGGCCUUAUAAGGGAAAUCUUUGGUGUGUCGUGGCUAGAGGAGCUAAUUCUUCACAGCUUGAACAAGCAAUAAGUCUCGUGUGCAAUCAAGCCAAUGGGACUUGCAAUGCUUUGGUGCCAGGAAAGGAGUGUUAUGCACCCAUUUCGCCGACUUGGCAUGGGAGCUAUGCGUUUAGUUCGUAUUGGGCUAAGUUUAGGAAUGAAGGUGCUAAUUGCUAUUUCAAUGGACUUGCCAAGCAAUCUACAAGAAAUCCUAGCCGUGGAUCUUGCGAGUUUCCAAGCGUGACCCUUUGAAGAAUCAUGGCUUUAUCUUUCAAGCAUUAAUGGAGAUGAUCGUAUAAUGAAAAUGAUUCAGUUGCUUUAUUUUUUA